CCUCAGCUCCUCUUUGCCAGCUGGUGUCUCUCCUUGCAGCCAUCCCUGAUAGAGUGCUGGACACGGCCAUCCGUGCUGAUGAGACGGGGAGCGAGGAGGACCUGUAUGAAGAUGUGCACAGCUCCAGCCACCACUACAGCCACCCUGGCGGGGGCGGCGAGCAACUCGCCAUCAACGAGCUCAUCAGCGAUGGCAGUGUGGUCUGUGCUGAAGCACUCUGGGACCAUGUCACCAUGGAUGACCAGGAACUGGGCUUCAAAGCUGGGGAUGUCAUUGAAGUAAUGGAUGCCACCAACAGAGAGUGGUGGUGGGGCCGCGUCGCCGACGGCGAGGGCUGGUUCCCAGCCAGCUUCGUGCGGCUGCGUGUGAACCAGGACGAGCCCGCGGACGACGAGGCGCCGCGGGCCGGGGCAGGCGGGGCAGAGGACGGCGGGGCCGAGGCGCAGAGCAGCAAGGACCAGAUGCGAACCAACGUCAUCAAUGAGAUCCUCAGCACCGAGCGCGACUACAUCAAGCAUCUGCGCGACAUCUGCGAGGGCUACAUCAGGCAGUGCCGCAAGCGCGCCGACAUGUUCAGCGAGGAGCAGCUGCGCACCAUCUUCGGGAACAUCGAGGACAUCUACCGCUGCCAGCGGGCCUUCGUGCAGGCGCUGGAGCAGAGGGUCAACCGCGAGCGCCCGCACCUCAGCGAGCUGGGCGCCUGCUUCCUGGAGCACCAAGCAGACUUCCAGAUCUACUCGGAGUACUGCAACAACCACCCCCGAGCCUGCCUGGAGCUCUCCCGGCUCGCCAAGCUCAGCAAGUACGUGUACUUCUUCGAGGCCUGCCGGCUGUUGCAGAAGAUGAUCGACAUCUCCCUGGAUGGCUUCUUGCUGACCCCCGUGCAGAAGAUCUGCAAGUACCCUCUGCAGCUGGCUGAGCUGCUCAAGUACACGCACCCCCAGCACAGGGAUUUCAAGGACGUGGAGGCUGCCUUACAUGCCAUGAAGAACGUGGCCCAGCUCAUCAAUGAACGGAAACGGAGACUGGAAAACAUUGACAAGAUUGCUCAGUGGCAAAGCUCCAUAGAGGACUGGGAGGGGGAAGACCUCCUGGCCAGGAGCUCAGAGCUCAUCUACUCGGGGGAGCUGACUCGAGUUACACAGCCACAAGCCAAGAGCCAGCAGAGGAUGUUUUUUCUCUUUGACCACCAGCUCAUCUACUGUAAGAAGGACCUCCUCCGCCGGGAUGUGUUAUACUAUAAGGGCCGAGUGGACAUGGAUGACCUGGAGGUGGCAGAUCUGGAGGACGGGAAGGACAGAGACCUCCAUGUGAGUGUCAAGAAUGCCUUCCGGUUGCACUGUGGCACCACAGGAGAGAGCCACCUGCUGUGUGCCCGGAAGCCUGAGCAGAAGCAGCGCUGGCUCAAGGCCUUCACCAGGGAGAGGGAGCAGGUGCGGCUGGACCAGGAGACAGGCUUCUCCAUCACUGAGCUACAGAGGAAGCAGGCUAUGCUGAAUGCCAGCAAGCAGCAGGCCACAGGGAAGCCCAAAGCCCUCUGCCGGCCCUACUACCUGACACGCCAGAAGCACCCGGCACUGCCCACCAGCCUGCCCCAGCAACAGGUCUCAGUGCUGGCAGAGCCCAAGCGGAAGCCAUCCACCUUCUGGCACAGCAUCAGCCGGCUGGCACCCUUCCGCAAGUGAGCCAGCGCCCCACCCGCCAGCACCAUCUGGACCUUCCUUGCCUGCGGGCCUCCAGCUGUUCCUGCCCGAGGCCCACCACAUCGGGCCCUCCUCUGCCUGUUAUACAAACUGGAAGCGAGCAGGGCUGAGUGAGGAAGUUGCUCAGUGCUACCAGUACAUGCCAGGUUCCAUGCUCCCAUUCUUGCUUUCUUUCUCACUACUGGUGCACUGAAGACACCAGCUGGAGAUGGAGCCCCAACAGCACGUGAACCUCUCGCCCCGCUCCGGACCUUUGUGGGGCCUCUUGGGGGCCACAGCUCAGAACCACCCCCACCGGCCAACGUGCAUGAGGAGACUGGCCGCUUUGGACAUCUAAUCAUCCCUUCUUCUGUUGUUUUUGGGCAGGAGACCGUCUGCCUUCAGCCACCUGCAAAGCCAGGCUGUGUGCCCCUCUGCCCUCCAAUUCUCCUUGCAGGCCUCCAGCCCCCAGCUGGUGGUACCAGGCAGCUUGCAUCCCUGAGGGUGGGAACCAGGAAUUCUGCGCACAAAAACGUCUGGCCCAGAGCCCAGCCGCUCUGCUUCCCAGUCCCUCUCUAGACACUCCUGGCUGCCGGACACCCUCUUCACUUGUGACAUCUUUGUUUAUAGUGGAACGAAAACAAAACCGUAGUCAGCUGCAUACUUCUGUCAAGGUUUGUGACCAGUCCACGUAUAGCUGUGGGUGAUUCUAGAACCUUGUUCUAGUUUUUUUGUUUGGGUUUUGUUGUUCUAACAAACAAACAAACAGUGGAGAAAAAGAAUUAUUAUUGGUGACACACAAGGAUUGCCUUACCCUAAGUGAGCGUGAGAAGCCAUAAGGACUGAAUUCUGUGGCCCAGCAUCCAGGACUGACCCACCCAUCCAGAGGCCGGUGGGCAAGUGGGUUGGAUGGAAGCCCACAUCUUGCUGAGGCGGGGCGCCCAUGAGUGUGGCCAGGGUCUGGCUUGUGGGUGUAGAGCGCCGAGCCAUCCCUCUGGCCCAUGAGAAUUCAGCAGCAUGUACAGUCCUUCUUGCACCAUACCUUCUCCAAGCCAGAAGCCACAUUUAAUUUCAUAAAGAAACGUG